GUACCGGGUCGGUAACCGGAGGAGAAUAUUCCCGCUAUACCGAUAACUGUUCUCUUUACCAUACCAAUUGGCCAGUUUCGACAUAGUUGGACGAACUGUGGAUUAAAUUCGGCGUUGUGAGCGUACUGUUUACAAUUUUAAACCUGUAAAGACAUGUUCAAACUUGUUGAGUCUGUGUUGCUUUGCGUCACGUAAUUCUCUUGGAGAAGUCGAAUAGUUUAACAGAAGAAUCAUGGAUUUACUACCGCAGUCGAGUUCAACAUUCUGGAAAGGCGGCAGAUUGCAAACAUUCGAACAUUGGCCCUUUCAAUCAGCCGAUAAUCCGUGCAACCCGGAACGAAUGGCUGCUGCUGGAUUUAUUGCCAUUGGUAACAAAGAAGAACCAGAUUUGGCCGAAUGUUUCAUCUGUUCGAAGCAACUCGACGGUUGGGAUCCGGACGAUGAUCCUUGGAUUGAACACAAAAAGCAUAAUGCACAGUGUCCAUUUGUAAAAUUAAAUAAACUCGAUGAGACGACAUGGACUGUACAAGAUCUGUUUGAUUUGUUUAAAAAGUAUGAGGUGAAAGAAUGUAUGCGCGAAUUGGAUAAAGGUAAAGCCAAAAUGAAAGAAGAAACCACUAAAAUGGCAAAUGAUAUCCCUGAAAUUUAUAAAGGCUGGAGGAAAAGUUGCAGAGACUGAAAUUAAUGUAAAGUGUCUAUCAAUCUCUCAUCUCGGUUUCAAGUCUUAUUAACAUUGUUGUCGUCGAUCUGUCGUUUUUAUAUUUUUAUAUUUCAUCCGCUUCUCUUUUCAUUAUUCCAGUCAGAAAUGGAAAGUUGGUUUUCAUCGAAAUAGACAAAGGAAUAUAUACAGUUCAGAACGAAAAUGAUAAUCGUUCCGAUACCGAUCUAAGAUUAGCAUUCGGUGACGCAUGUGAAUUACAAAUGAACACAUAAAUUAUCAAAUAUCGUGUUUAACCAAUUUGCGCUGUCCAUUCGUCUCACACUUGUUCGAUUUCAUCGUCUUCAUUUGAUGGUAUUAAAAGUGAAAGCGGUUCAUUAUCAUCGAUCUCGUGUGAUAUCAACACACAAAUGUUUGAAUACUAAAAGUUUUCCUAUAAUUAUAACAUUACUCUAUCGCACGUGCCUUUUCCGAACACGACGUAUCUCUUAAUCAUAGAAAUAAAUUCAUAUAUGCUGCCCGUUAUGUAUCGGCUAGCGUUGUUAAUAAAAACUGUAUUUUUAAUGAAAACAAUUUAUAUCAUUUACGUAGUCAUAUUCAAUUGUAAGCUGUUUCUAUUAUGCGGAAAAGAAACCUUGCGAUUUCUAUGUUUAGGUAUGCACCUAUCAGAAUUGGUUUCUCAUACCAGUAAUUAAUACACGCGUGCAUAAGCUGAGAAAAGAAAUGUUGUUUACCGCAUUUUUUAAUCGGGUUAUUACGCGGGUGGAACGAUGAAGAUUCGUUAUGCUUUCGAUUCUUCGAUGAGUUACGAAAUGAUGGAAACCUUGUCUUCAAAGUCGUGCAAUCGGUGUAAUUUGUCAAUGGAUUUCUCUGUUUGACUCGUCGAAUUCAAUACCUGCUAAUAGAUAUUGAAUAUUGAAUCAUGAACAAUCGCGAAAUACGAAAAAUGAAUAUUCGUUCUUACGAAUAAGAAUAAGAGAGUUAACUAAUAUCCUUCGAAGUUUUAUUCCUAAUGAAUCUUCUAUAUGAUUUAGUAUCAAACGGUCAUUGUUGAAGAAGAGAAAGGUAAUGUGGAAGACACUAUAGUUCUUACUAAAUAUUUAUAUUUGUAUUAAAUCGCUAUUCGUAUAUUUGCAUUUUGUCAAUAAAUCACUAUGUCACAGCAUCA